AUGCCUUCCCAGCAGAAUAUGUUUUCCAAAAUGCUUUUGUCUGCCGUCAGCCUCCUGCUUGCUAAUUUGCAGCAUCUCCUCUGCUCUCUGAUGCAAUUCAUUCCAGUGAGGAAGUGGGCAGCUGAGCCCCUAACAAUGGGAAAUCAACAAGCUAGAUGGAACACGGAGUCAACUACCAGGACUUCCCAGCAGACACAAGGUUUAAAGCAUCUCCUGGCCAGCCCAUCAAAAGAGCAAAUCACCUUCCACAGCUCCAGGGGCUUGCAAUGCAUCUCACCCUUAAUUCAGACAGUAGAGGAGACCCCUCAGCCCAUCUCAGCUAAGAUCAAAGGACAUAUUCCCAAAUGGAUUAAUGGCAAUCUUCUGAGGAAUGGCCCUGGGAAGUUUGAAUUUGGUGAGGAGAAAUUUAACCAUUGGUUUGAUGGCAUGGCCCUGUUGCAUCAAUUCCAGUUGGAGAAGGGUGCAGUGACAUACCGGAGCAAGUUCCUGCAGAGCAAUUCCUACCUGACUAACAGCCAGCACAACCGCAUCGUGGUCUCAGAGUUUGGGACUCUGGCAAUGCCAGACCCAUGCAAGAGUCUCUUUGGGCGCUUCCUCUCACGCUUUGAGAUGCCAUACCCAAGUGACAACGCCAGCGUGAACUACGUUGUGUACAAAGGAGAUUAUUAUGUCACCAGUGAGAACCUCUACAUGUACAAAGUGGACCCAGAAACACUGGAAACGAAGGAAAAGGUGGACUGGAGCAAAUUUGUUGCAGUGAAUGGGGCCACUGCUCACCCUCACUAUGAGUCUGAUGGCACAACAUACAACAUGGGCAACUCCUAUGGGAAGCAUGGGUCUAGGUACAACAUCAUUCAGAUCCCUCCACAGAAGUCAAGCUGUAGUGACACCUUAGAGGGAGCAAAAGUGCUGUGCUCCAUUGCUCCAAUGGACAAGAUGAGACCCUCCUACUAUCACAGCUUUGGAAUGAGUGAAAACUACAUCAUUUUCAUUGAGCAACCCAUCAAGCUGAAUCUCUUGCAGAUUAUCACUUCCAAGCUCUGUGGGAAAACCAUUGUGGAUGGGAUAAGCUGGGAGCCUCAGUACAAUACUUACUUCCAUGUGGUGAAUAAGCACACUGGGGAGGUGCUGCCAGGCCAGUGGUGCAGCAAGCCCUUUGCUACUUUCCAUCAAAUCAAUGCCUUUGAAGAUGGUGGCUGCGUGGUCCUUGAUCUGUGCUGCCAAGAUGAUGGAACAAGUCUGGCUACUUACAAACUGCAGAAUCUGAGGAAGAGUGGGGAAGGCCUAGAUCAGGUUUAUGAGUCCAUAGCCCGAGCUUUCCCUCGUCGCUUUGUCCUCCCACUGAAUGUGAAUUCAGAGACACCUGUGGGGAAGAAUCUGAACCCCCUGCCCUACACCUUGGCAAGGGCUGUGAAAGAUGCAGAUGGCAAGGUCUGGUGCACACAUGAAAAUCUCCACCCUGAAGGCUUUGAAAAGGUGGGGGGCUUGGAGUUCCCCCAGAUCAACUACUCUGGGUACAAUGGCAGGAGGUAUCGCUACUUCUACGGCUGUGGCUUUGGGCAUCUGGUUGGGAAUUCCUUGAUCAAGGUUGAUGUGGAGACCAAGAAUUUCAAGAUUUGGCAGGAGGAUGGAUCCUACCCAUCAGAGCCUGUGUUUGUGCCAGUGCCUAACGCUACAGCAGAAGACAGUGGAGUCAUCUUGUCUGUAGUGGUCUCCCCCACUGAGAACCAAAGUGCUUUCCUGCUUGUCUUGGAUGCAGAGACCUUCCGAGAGCUGGGGCGAGCAGAAGUUCCCAGGCAAAUGCCUUAUGGAUUUCAUGGCAUCUUUACUUCCCACUGA